AUGUCUGACCAACUAUGGCAGUUGUUUGUUAUCCUAAUCGUCUUUGAUUUAUGGGAUGAGACUAUGAAGUUUAAUCUCAUUUUCAGUCUAUGCAAGCUGACAUGCUUGAUGCACAUGGGACCUGACCGUCACGGCUCCGUCCAUGCCGCUGAGCACAAUAAUUCCAUUGACCGCACCACUUUUAUGGAAGCCGAUUCCAACGGAAUUUGCGGCUACAUACUACUGUGUCUAGCUAUUAGCAGUCUCCUUGAGAAUGUAUCGUUCGUUUUGCUAACAAUCAGACCCUUGCAUCGACUAUGCUACCUCCGCAGGCGUCGCAAAAAGUUUGCUUUCCUUGCCAGAACACGUGCAAAUAUCACAUCACUGGCCUACUCCCUCCAGUCCACAGUCAUGUCAUUUCCCACUCCGGCGCAUGCGAACAACACCGAGCUUGGGGUUCGUGAGAAAAAUACUGAGUGUCGACAGUCCAUCCCCCAUCCCAUACCUCCGUACCAUCGAAAUUCGUAUCGCAAUCGAUGCAUUUCUGCGGAGUCAAGCGAUAUCUGCCGAUAUUACAAGUUGCACAGGUCAACCUUCUACUACUUUUGCAGUCUCUGCACAUCCAUAACUUUUUUUAUGUGUGCCACACUUGCAAAUAUUCUGAUUGAAUUCCAAGAAUACAAGGGCCGUCUGUUCAUGGUAGACGCGAAGCAUAAGAUUCAAUGCCUCUUUGUGGAGGUCUCCAUUACUGCGCUCGUCAUGGUAAUGUCCUUCAGUCUUGUUCAGCUUACUACAGAUCGUUUGAUUGCCAUUUGCCGACCAUUCCACUACUGGCGAAUAAUGUCUUCUUGGAAAUGCCUCCUAGUCAUUGGUUUGGGAUGGUUCACAUCAAUUGUGUUUGCUCUUAUUCCAUAUAUCUGCUUGAGUGUCAAUAGCGAGGAGUGGACUAAGAGUCUAACGUACUGUUUUGUUGUCGGGAUACAGGGUUUUAAGGGCUUUUACUUGUAUGCCUACGUAUACAUCGCUCUCGUUUUCCUACUCCCACUUUGUUUCAUCCUCUGGGGAUAUGCGAAGAUUCAUGGCAUAGUGUGUCGAUCAGCCGAUGUGCAUGCAGAAAACCAUGCACGAUACAGACCUCAGGCGAAUGAAGCCAAUGCUCUCCUGGUUUCCGCUUUAACACUAAAAAACCACCACACUCAAUGCCACAAUUGCAAUGGCAUAUAUCUCCGUUCCCCGUCGACUUCAGCACGUGGAUCCGUGUCUCCUGCAUUACUAUCCCGAAGCCACAUUUUCGGUAACUUCUCCUCUAUGAGUUGCAGCCAGGAGGGCGAAAGCAGAGAAGGUGUGCAGUGCCUGAGUGACUACCUCAAAAAAGCGAAGGCCGCCAAAUCAGCCGUGCUGAUUGUGAGCAGUUUUUAUGGCCUGACACUGCCUUACAUGUGUGUUAUCUGCUACCGAGCCGUUAUGGUUGGGUACACCGAACGAAAGAGUGGUUGGGUGGAUGGUUUCGAGAUCGUCAGCAUACUCCUUGUUUAUGCGGCCACUAUAACAACUCCUGUGAUCUACGCCAUCAGAGACGGUGCACUACGAAAGCGACUUAACUGUUUCUUUCGAACUUUCAAGCUACUCUGCGCAAAGAAGAAUAUUCCACGCUUUUCCCAAGAUAGCAGAAACAUCAAUUUUCUAUCGAACAACGGGAAACACUCGUAA